AUGUUCCAGCUCUUAACGCUGCAAAACAUUGCUCAGCUGCCAAAGAGUGGGGGAGGUGGUAAACCUCAUCCUAGAUCCAAAUUCAGCCGAAAAGAAGACGAGCAGCUGACUUAUUUGGUCGAAUCCAUCGGAGAUGACCUGGAUUGGAAGGCCAUCGCCAGCAAAAUGCCUGACAGAACGCCUAGGCAAUGCAAGGAGCGUUGGACUAACUAUCUAGCACCAAACCUUGACAAGUCUCCUUGGAAAGAGGAAGAAGAUCAGCUCCUCAUCAAGAAAUAUGAGGAAUUAGGUCCACGCUGGAGACUUAUCGCUAAGUCUUUCCCAAACAGGACUGAAAUCAGCGUCAAAAACCGCAUGAAAAAGAACUUACGCAAACAAUUAAAGAAUCAACGCUUUAUCGAGAGACUCGCUCAGUCUUAUGCUUUAAUGCAACAAAAGAACAUGACGUUCAUCCAAAACAACGCUCAAAUCCAGAAUUCUCAAAAUCAAAUUCAAAAUAUCCAAAAACCAGCAGAAAUCCAAUACACAUCCCCAGUAUCAGAUUACCCAUUGGAUGACGUAUUCCUUAAUGAUUUCAGUCAAUCAAAUGACGAUGAAAUUUUACUUGAUCCAGAAUUUUCUCUUAUGUAA